AUCAUCUGUCAAACAAAUUCGAGUUUCGGCUUUCUUUUACGAAUCGUCCAUUCGCAAGUCAGAGUUCUCCGGCCGGUAUCCAACUUUAAUCGAGAAGAAAAUCCUUCCUCAUCCAAUUAUUAACAUGGCCGAUGAAUACUUUUUCGCUUUGACGCUUAAAGGCAAAAAUGUCAACGAAGUUUGGGACCCCGAAGCGAAAGGGGCCGGUGCUGAGGACUACCAGGGGGGGCAUAAGCUAAUGGUGAAACAAAUUCUUUUAGGAGAAGAUGUCCCGGAAGGCGAAGUUAAUGUUGUGCAAGUCGAAGCAAUGACAUGGAAAGACUCAGUUAAAGUUCCAAUAGCUAUAUUGAAAGCGGGUCCAAAUGGAUGCCAGAGUCAAGCUCUAGAUUUGUCUUUCCCAGAUCCUCCUAUAACUUUUACACUAGUUAAAGGAAGUGGCCCUGUUCAUAUUAUGGGACACCAUUUAAUUGGUGGACCCAUCGAGGAGUUUGAUGAACUGGACGAAAUGGAGGAGGAGAUAAUGGACGAUGACGAGGGUGAAGAAGGAGCGGAAGAAGAAGAGGAUGAAGAAGAGCCCAAACCCAAAAAAGCGAAAACAAACAGUGUAAAGGGUAAAUCGCCUGUCAAAAACAAUGUCAAGGCCAAAAAAUAAGAGUUCAUGUUAUGUUCCAUCUAUAUGAUAAGUUUUUUUCUAUAGGUACUUUACUAUUUUGUUUGUAUCGUAUGUCUCCAAACAAGUAGUAUGUAGGUAUUAUAAGCGAUGUCAUGUCUUCACUCAUCAACUGUGUUUUUUUUUUUUUAAUUUGUUUAAUUUUUUUUUUGUCAUGUAAUUUUAAUUCCUCAACAUUUCUAUAUUUAUAAGUACUAGAUGAUAUUGGGAGAGGCGCCCCAAGAUGAUAAUAAUUGUAAGUUGAUAAAACCAUUUUUAAAAAGCUGUUGGAUUGAUUGUGGCGCAUAUUAUAUCUUGCUGCCACUUUUUUGAUUAAAUUUAGCGGGGGAACCACAUCACAUCCGGAUCAAAUUAAAUUUAGUUUAAAAUGGUUAUUGUUUUUUGGGCGGGUUGGCCGUCAUUUUUUUUUUGGGAUUUUCUUCUCGUCAUUUUGCUGAUUGGAGUGCUCAGCAUAUUCAAGAGAUCUGUUCCUAGUGGCUGGUGAACUUCUGAAUCUACACUAACCCAAAUAUCCCCAAAAAACAACAACUAUUUCAAUAAAGGCGAAAGCCUAACUUAAUUGACAAAUUUAAAUAGUUUUAGUUUAAUUUGGGCCCAUUAGCUCUGACUUCACGCUGAGAUAGGUUAUGGUUGUAUCUAAACAAACUUAGGCUGAUUUGAUUAGGGAAUAAAAAUCGAUUCUAUAAUCUCACUUUUUUUUAUUGACACCACUUACAUAAAAAUCCUGAAUACUUGAAUAAUAUACUGUGGACUGGGAUUUUCCGAACUUUCCUGGAGGAAAAUUUGCCAAAUACCAGUCCACAGUAUAUAAGUCUUCUCUGGAAGAAGUACUGCUUGAAUGUUGGGCAGUACACCAUCCUAUACUUUAAAUUUAAUAACAGCAAAAUUUACUUUCAUUUUCUCGUCAAAUUAGUUUUUUGGCAUUUAAAAAAAAAGGUAUUUUUGUGUAAACAAUGUUACAGUGUUAGAAAUAAAUAUAAAUUGAGACGGAUUCAAAGUUUGUUUAGAUACAGGCAGUGAAUUUAUGACGUCACACAAAUGAAGCGCUAUUAAGUGGGGCCGCCGCCUCUCUGGCUGUAAAAUUACAAAAAGAGAUC